CGGCGGGCGCUGAGCGCGGGUGGCGGCGAUGCCGAUGCCGGGGGGCGGCGGGGCCGCGGCCGCCGCCAGGCACCCCCCGUCCGGAGAGGCGGCGGCGCCACCGCCGCGGGACGAGGAGCAGCAGGAGGAGGAGGGCGAGGAGGAUCUCCGCGACGGCGGCGUCCCCUUCUUCGUCAACCGCGGCGGGCUGCCCGUAGACGAGCCCACCUGGGAGCGGAUGUGGCGGCAUGUGGGCAGGAUCCACCCCGAGGGGGAACGGGUGGCUCAGAGGAUCCGGGGCGCCGCCGACCUGCCCAAGGGUAUGGAAGUGAGACACUGGAGAUGGCAACGAGAGCCUCUGAGAGGUGCUGGGAAGAUUCCCAUACCAAGUGUGCCUGCGUUCCAGCCGUCCACCCCCAUCCCUGAGCGCCUGGAAGCUAUUCAGCGCUAUAUCAGGGAGCUUCAGUACAAUCACACUGGGACACAAUUCUUUGAGAUUAAGAAGAGCAGACCUCUGACUGGGCUGAUGGACCUGGCCAAAGAAAUGACCAAAGAGGCCCUGCCAAUAAAAUGCCUGGAAGCUGUGAUCCUGGGAAUUUACCUCACCAACAACAUGACCACGCUGGACCGUUUCCCCAUCAGCUUCAAAACCCACUUCUCAGGGAACUACUUCCGACACAUUGUGCUGGGGGUGAACUUUGGAGGCCGCUAUGGGGCACUGGGCAUCAGCCGGCGUGAGGAGCUCAUGUACAAGGCGCCCGUCUUCCGCACCCUCAGCGACCUCAUCUUCGACUUCGAGGAGGCGUAUCGCCGCUGCUGGCACACUCUCAAAAAGGUGAAGCUGGGCCACUGCGUGUCCCACGACCCACACAGCGUGGAGCAGAUCGAGUGGAAGCACUCCAUCCUGGAUCUAGACAAGCUGACCCGGGAGGACUUCCGCAAGGAGCUUGAGAGACAUGCCCGUGAUAUGAGGCUGAAGAUUGGCAAAGGAACUGGGCCACCAUCUCCCACCAAGGACAGGAAGAAAGAUGUCUCCUCCCCACAAAGAGGUCAGGCCAGUCCCCAUCGGCGCAACAGCCGCGGGGACCGAAGGCCAUCUGGUGAGAAGAAGCCUGCCGAUUCCAAAGCCAUGCCAGACCUCAAUGGGUACCAGAUCCGGGUGUGACGGGAGCUGUGCCUUGUGUGCCUGGCUCCACAGAUUUCUUGCUGGCCACAACUGGGACCUGGAUCCACCUGCAGUGAUUCUGACAAAGGGGACAGGGGAGCGGGAGUGGAACAGAGUGCUGAUUUUCCCAGGUACUUCCUAGUGGGCCAGUCCCAGAGCUGGAUCCCAUGGGUCUCAGAGGAUUCACCUGUCUGUUUCUGGAAAAGGUGUCCAUCUUAAUUCACUGAAACAAGCUUUUUUUUUUCCUUUUUUUUUUUAAUAAAAAAGAUCUGUACAUUGGUGGGAAUUUGCUGCAGGAAGAAUAUGAAAUAAGUGGGGUCAGCAGGCUUGCUCUCAUUUUUUUUUGUGUUGAUAACAAGUAGAUGAAGCAUCUUGUGGACAGUACUUUUUCCCUUUCUGCACAGAAGUCUUCAACUCAUGUAAGUCCUGCAGGGCUGAGGGAGAAGUGAUCCUGAAGUGGGGUGGCCCCCACAUCUUGUGCAAAAACUCCUGGUUUUGUCAUUAUGAACACUUUGUUUAGCAUUGCUCAGGGCUGAAUUUGCUCAGCCUGAUUAUUGAUCAUACAACAGCCUCUCAUCUGGAGAAACCAUAUCUUGUGUGUUUAGUCCUGCCUAUUUCAAAGCAUUUCAUUGUCUGUGAGGGGGCAGACAGUGGGCCGAUGACCCUCUUUACCCACUGCAAUGCUGGUGAGCUGUUGCUGUCAGUCCUUUUGUGAUUGAGCGGGUCAGGAUACACCUAUGCCGUUGCCUUAUGAAAACAGGCACAGAGACCUCCAUCGACCCCUCCAUCCUCCAGCAGUGGAGGCAGGGGCAGGCAGGAGCUGGUGGGAAGCCUGAACAUUGAAUCAUUCCUUCAUUAGUCUUCUCUCUAUUAGUAAUUGUUACUGUGAAAGCUUGCAGAAGACACUUCAGUCACUGAGGUACGAGCGUUUAAGAGUACAUAGUUAAAGAAGGAUUUAAUGAUGUGCACGGGUUUUACAAGCGUUUUUUCGUUCCAUGAGUGUCUUGCUCCUUCCUCACUGUAGUAUUAGUGCUAGAGUUGCAGACAUCUGCUGGUGGGAAGCCCCGCUCAAGGAGAUUGCAGCUGCUUUCCUGACAGCCCAGCCUAGAGCCUUCUGAAAGUAGCUGCCCAGCCUCAGAGCUAUGCUUGCAUCCUGGCUCUUUCACUGCUGGGCUGGGCUGGGCUGGGCCUUUCUGCAGCCUUGACUCUCCCUAUGCUGCUUUGCAGGGCAAUGUUGUACUACUGAUUAAGUAGUGUAAUGCUUAUCAGAAAUCUGGAAUGUUGCCACAUCUCUUUGAGGGCUAGAGGCUGAAAACAGUGGGGUUGCAAGAAGACAGGACAGCAUGGCCUGGAGUGAUCUGGAUUCAUGGGUCUAGGGGAUGCAAAAGUUGAGCUAGGGAGUGGGAGUAUCCUUGAGAGAAACUGAAUCUUGUUUUAUCACAGCACCGACAAGGAGCUAAACUUUCUGAAAUGCUACAUAUUUGUUAGAACUGGGCUUAUUCUUUCCUGUGGACUCGUUAGAAACAUGAUAGAGGUUAGCUCUACCAGGAUUUUUGUUGCAGCAUUGCUGUGUCACGCUCUCAUAUAAGCAGUGCUAUUUUGGUGGCAGAGAAUGGGUUCUUAUCUGCAAACAAAUCAGCUCUUCUGUCUAGUUAAAGCAGUGUUAAUCCUUGAGGCACCACCCACAAGCGAUUUAGGAACCUUACAGGUUCCUAAUUGUACAUCUUUAACUGUGAUGUAACUUUCACAAUGCUAUAUCCAUCCCACUGCAGUUUGCCCUUCCAAGCUCUCUUUUAGUCAGUACUUUUCUGCUGUGUCGUACAACCAGGAGGACAAUCCAUAGGGAGGUGGCAGAACUUGCUGCUGAUCCAAGAUAGGGUUAAUUCUGAAGGAGAUGCCAGUUUCCACAGUACAGUGGCCUUGCACUCCAGCUACAUGCAACACUUUGAAAUAAGCCAGCAGUAGGAAGCCAAACACCUGCUUGAAUGUAUCCUCUGGUCAACUUUGUGUGGCUGUGAAUUAACAUCCCUCCUGUCUGGCUGUGAACGAUGACUUUAGCUGUGAAGGUCCCAGUUACCUGUAAAUAAUGGAGGUCACUUGGAAGCCACAAACUGCCUUUGCAAAACAUCUGCUGUGCAGUGGACUGAAGGUCCCGGUGCCACUGUGAAUCACAUGUCAGAUACAAACAGCAGUCAGCCAGGAAGAGUGAUGUCAGACUUAACUGAAGUGGAUGCAAUGUGGAAAAAAAAUGAAAGCCACUUGGCUAAAACUAGGAGGUAUCCUCACUAGGGCUUUGGUUGGUUGGGUGGGUGGUUAGUUCAUUCAGAGUAACUGGAAAGCUCUUGAGAAUAAUCAGUAGCUUCAUACAGAACAUCUUCAAUAGCUUCAAAACAGACUUGAGCCGUUUUAGAUGGGAAGGAGGGGAAGUGUGUUGGGGGGAGGAAGACUUCAAAACAGAUGGGCAAGUGAGGGGUCAGCUGCAAGCUAAUGAUGCUUUCUUGAGAGCAAGGCAAAAGGGAUGCUCAGCAGUGUUACAUCACCAGGGCAGAAUGGCUUAAAACAAAAUGCUUUGUUUGACCUGGUAAUUAAGCACUUUCCUGCAGGAUGUAACCAAGGCCAAUACCUUAGAAAACCGAAGGAAGUGGAUGUUUAAGUAAUGAGUGACAGAUAGAGUUCAAGGUCUUUGAAUCUUCAGCUGUAGCCAGGCAAGAAUAUGCUUUUUCAAUAUAUGGUUGCAAAAUUGUGUAUGUUGGAAGGCAUUUAAUUCUUCUGACAUAUCUAAUGUUGAUGGCUUCUCAAGAUGGAUACAGGAGCAGAUAUGAGCCCUCUACAAGGGUUACUAUUUCAAGUCUUCUGCUAUGUUUCUCCGGGUGGUAGAACUCCUGCCCCUUACUGUUUCUGUAUCUCCAGUUUAGCAGAUGGUGCAAAAACUGGAAAAUAACCAAUUCUCCCUUUCUUGCUCUGGCUCCUCCCAUCUUUGUAACAAGCUGAAUCACUUCAAAGCUUAGCGUCCUUACUAAUAAACAAGACAGCAUCCCACUGUGACAGAAAGGAUUAGUGCAAUCCAGUUUUAUGGCAUAAGAAACCUGAUAGUACAAUGAAAGAUGAAUGAACUUUUGCACUUCCACUUCUUUCCUCUCUCAUCCACCUGCUCUGGCUUCUGGCCUGCCUUUAAGCAUAAGGAAAAGUAGGCUGGAGAUGAGUCUUUUUCACUUCCACGGUCUUUAAAGCUACAGAAAAGAAAUGAAAAUAAGGAACUAGAUUGUAGCUCGGACUCCUUAGUGUCUGCAGAACAACAAAAAAUUCUCUUGAGGAGUCCUGUUAAUUAUAAAAUGUUAAAUAUUAAUAUGCUAGCUCUUGUAGCUCUGGGGUAUAAAGUUCACUGUUCAUUAGGUCUCAUCUGAUGUCUGUUCUGCAGCACAAGUCCUUCUGAACUCUAGAAGGGAAUUGCAUCCAUACAUGAGGAAUGGAUAGAAAUUCCCUAUGUUGUACCUGAAGUCUAGAUGAGCUUUGAAAGACUUCAAUAAAUGCUUACCUAUUAUUAGCAAAACUAUUUUAAAUGUAAUACAAACCUUGAAAUAUUGGUUCCUCUUUAUACUUUUAUGUAGACAAGUCCCUUGGUACCUGGCUAACUGAAUUUUUUUAAUGUGUUAUCAAGCAAAAGCUUUGUUACAGUGUCACUCUGAUACAUACCCUUCAUGUACUAAAGAACAGGGUUGGUUGUCCCUCAGUCUGUGACACACUAGCCUUUUUUAACUCUAAUAUAAGCUAAAUGAGUCUUUAGGAACUUAAGGUAUGUUAGCAAGUGUUUUAGCUGGGAGUGGAGUGCUUUUAUUCAGUUGAUUAUUUUACCUGUGUGCCACUGUAUGGGUCAGAACCGAGUAUGCUGGGAUCUACCAGAGUAAAUGACUCCAGAACUAUGGUUGAAACAUAGUUUCUGUUCAUGCAGUAGCUGUAUUGCUGUUAUCAGAUCUGCUUAACAGGAAGAAUUUUAAUUUUUUUAAGGUGUUUCAGGUAAAAGCCUUAAUCAGGUGCCUGCCCCUUAAGGGCAGGCUCCCAUGUGGUGUUGUACAGACUGAAACAUGACCGUCAAAACUGCAGAGUUUAAGAAAGCAUAAUGAACAGAAGAAUGUUCCUGUUGCCAAAGGGCAAGAGUCUGGAUUAGAAGGACUUAAUCUUGCUCCAGUGGCUCUGGCUAAUCACUUCAGGUGGUUACUUUAGCCACUUGCUCCUUCUAAGUAAAGUACUUCAAGUGGUCCUGAUGCUCAGGCACUAGAUAUAAGCAGGAGGUGCCCUGUCUCCCACAUGUACUGUGUGUGUGUGCAAGUCUGACAUAUUCCAGUGAUCUUGCACUGUUGUCCUGUCAACAUUAAGACCUGCAUUAUGGAUUUAUAACUUAACCCAAGUAAGCAAAAGCUCUUCUGGCUUGGUGUUUGCUCUGCCAGAGAAAGAUGGAGAUAGUCCCUCUAUAGUCAAGCUGAAUUCCCUAGGGAAUUUAAUAUUUUUUGUCUGUUUUCUGAGUAGGUGUUUACUUGUAUCACAACCACUCUCCUUCAGUGGUGCCUUGGCCCUGUCUGCUCAAGAGCAACUCAACUUAGGCCCAGAAGGCUACUGAAUCCCCUGUAAUCUCUGCGAAGCAGAGUUUCCCUCCAGGUCAGGGUUGAGAUGGUGCUAGUGGGACCAGAGUGGUCCUCUGCCAUGCACAUCAGUAUUAUACUCUAGCACUGAUAGGGUGCUCCAAAACCAUUUACAUCUUUAUCUUUGGUACAACUCGGAACUAAGAAAUGGAAGGUUUCUUUAAGAACAAUAUCAUGUGUGUCUUUUUGUAAUGAAACCACGUAGUUCUGUGUUUUUAUGUAGCCAACACAGAACUGGUAUUUAGAUUUAGUUCUUACUGCACUUCCCAUAGCCCUCAUGUUGAUACUUCUUCCUGCUUCCUUUGACACUUAGACAAUAAAACUUCCUCUGUACUGCUUUCAGCUUGUGCAGAGAAAAUAA